GAAUUAAUGAAUGAGUUAGUAUGUUCUCUAUAGGCGGCAUUAUGAAUUAUCCUUACUGACCUUUUUUGCAGUACAUUUAGCGAGUGAAGAUUGCUUUUAUAGUUAUUAGCCCAUAUUUCCACACAAUAAGUUAGAUAUGGUAGAACCAGAGAGCAAUAAUUUCUGAUUGAGAACAAAUUUUGCUUUGCACCACCUUAUGUUGUAUAUUUGUAAUAUGAGAUUUCCAGCUCAUAUUUUCAUCUAUUGUGAUAUUUUCCUUCGCCCUAAUUGAAAAGCUGCAUUUUGUGUUGUCAUUGAGUAAUAUUUACAUUUGUUUUGUGAUCUGAAACAUUUAAUGCUGACAGAUAUGCCCCAAAAAUCAAAUCCCAUCACCGUAUCUAUAUCCACGUUUUACAGUUUAUUUACAGUCUUCACUAUUUUCCCUUACUGUAUUCACUCCUGAACAGUACUAGUGGUUUUAUGUCCCAGGUGGAUUAAAUAGCAUCAUGGCGAGUACUGCCCUCCCCCAUGGGCGUGCUGCCUCAGCACUCCGCUAUAAGAGGCUUUCGGAGUUCUACAAAACUUAUUUUCUCUUCAAUCUGCCCACUCUUUUCUCCAGAUUUCUCCAGACACAUUGAUCAUGUGUGAGGAUUGAGGAUGCCAUGAAUCAACCAAUCAUGUUGCCUUAUGAAACACCAGAGGAGCCUUAAGCAGCAUUCUGCACUGUGGAUGGACAUCCUGCACAAAAGACUUUGUGGAUUUAAACCCUUAUCCGAUUUUCGAGUCGACUUGUAACUAUCUGGUUGUCUCCCCCAGCCAAGGACCGUCAAUGCUCAAUGCAAAUGCGUCCUUCAGCUCCAGACAGGAGCUCCUUGACUUUCAUAACCUUCCCUUGAGUCCCUCUCUGGAAGCCGCCAUCCCCGUGGACUUUGACACCGAGGGUCCGGUUAGCUCAAGACUGCGGGAUCCCGUCAGUCCGAAUCGACCAUGUAUUUACACCAGGGAUUCCACUCUUCCGGGGCAGCACUACGCAACCCAGCCCCCCACACAGACUGGAAUAAAAGCGACCUCCAUGCACUCCAGUCAGCUAUGCGGCUGGGGGGCUCUGACACUCAAAGCCAUCCAAGUGUUCAACACCCCGCGUUGGGUGCUGUUCUUCCUCAGCGUGGCCUCGUUCCUCCAGGGGAUGAUCAUCAAUGGCUUCAUCAACACGGUGGUCACGUCCAUCGAGAGGCGCUUCGAUCUGCGCAGCUACCAGACGGGCCUCAUCGUCAGCUCCUACGACAUCGCCGCGUGCGUCUGCCUCGCUUUUGUCAGCUAUUUCGGCGGGACGGGGCACAAGCCUCGCUGGCUCGGGUGGGGGGUUCUCCUCAUGGCGUUGGGCUCUUUGGUGUUUGCAUUGCCUCACUUCACCACGCCGCCCUACCAGGUCAGCAUAUCCGAGCAAGUCGAGAUGUGCUCCGGCAACCGGACCAGCCUGUGUCGGGACAGCGAUGGCGGGGGGCUGUCCGGUUAUCGUUUCGUGUUCAUGUUGGGACAGUUUCUCCAUGGCAUGGGUGCUACACCGCUUUACACUCUUGGAGUCACGUACCUGGAUGAGAACGUCAAGUCCAACUACGGGCCUGUUUACAUCGGGAUUUUCUACACAGCAGCCAUUGUGGGUCCAGCAGCAGGUUAUCUGCUGGGGGGUUACUUCCUCAAUAUUUACACAGAGAUCCACCUCACGACAGAUAUGACUCCAGAGAAUCCGUUGUGGGUUGGUGCUUGGUGGAUCGGUUUCCUGGUGGGAGGAGCAGCAGGUCUGUUGGUGGCGUUUCCAAUCCUGGGCUACCCAAGACAUCUACCAGGUUCUGAAGAGCACAAAGCCAUGCGGGUGUCCGAGGCCCACCAGCUAAAAGACGGCAGUCACACCACAGCUUUUGACCCUCAAUUUGGCAAGUCUGUCAAAGACAUGCCCAGGUCUGUCCUGCUCCUCCUAAAGAAUCCAACCUUCUUGUACUUGUGCUUGGCGGGGGCCACCGAAGCCACCCUCAUCAGUGGCAUGUCCACGUUUGGUCCAAAGUUUUUGGAGGCACAGUUCAGCAUCAGUGCAUCUGAAGCUGCUAUGUGGUUUGGCUUCAUGGUGGUACCAGCAGGAGGAGGGGGCACCUUCCUGGGCGGCUACAUUGUAAAGAGACUGAACCUACGCUGUCGAGAUAUCAUCCGUUUCUGUGGGGUCUGCGCCGUCGUCAGCCUGAUCUCUAUCUUCAUCUUUGUUGUCCACUGCCCCAACGUGCCAAUGGCCGGCGUUGAUGCUCCGUACGUGCCGUCAGUCAGUCACUCGUAUGACCAGCCCAAGCACCCGGACAACAAUGGAAACUGGAGUUCCUCAGUCCCGCAGAGUUUAACAGUGGCCUGCAAUACCGGGUGCGGCUGCACCCAGGAGCUGUACAACCCGGUGUGCGGUGCAGAUGGCCUCAUGUAUUACUCCCCCUGCCACGCCGGCUGCAGCGGCAUCAACCACACAGAUGUGUCCACUGGCAAAAAGGUGUACUCUGGUUGCAGCUGUGUCGCGGCCAACGGAUCACUGGAACGCGCUGGAGUCGCCGUGGCGGGGAAGUGCAGGAGCACCUGCAACCACAUGCCGGCUUUCCUGGCUUUUUGCUUCAUCAUCAUAUGCUUCACUUUCCUCUGUAGCAUCCCGGCACUCACCGCCACGCUCAGGUGCGUGCCUGACAGCCAGAGAUCCUUCGGACUUGGGAUCCAGUGGAUCAUAGUUCGUACCUUUGGUGGCAUUCCAGGACCCAUUGCCUUCGGCUCCAUGAUCGACAUCUCCUGCUUACUGUGGCAGGAUCAGUGUGGAGAUCAGGGCUCCUGUUACGUCUACCAGAACUCAGCCAUGAGCCGCUACACGCUUGUUGCGGGCAUCAUCUACAAGGUUUUGGGCACCGUCUUCUUCUUGCUGGCCAGCAUCUUGUACCAACCUCCUCCUGAGUCGCCUCAAAGCAGCUGCCAAAACACCAACCCGGAAAGCGGCGACAUGAGCAACUUGAAAGAUCUUCCAGCAGAUGGCGUCAUAGUCAACCUGCAUGCCAAGUUAUGAUGUUGAAGAACCAUUGGAUGAUGCUAUGGUGCUUAUCUCAGAUACCUUCAGCCUUCUCUCAGCCAAAGGUAGAUUUGACAACUUUAAAAGACAAUUUAAAGAAUGAGGUGUCCAUGAAGAACCAACGUUUGGUCCUUCUCAUGUGUUAUAGUCUUUGCUCUAGGAAAAGUGAAUGCCGCCAUCCUUAACCAACCUUGUCCAACUUGUCCGAUUAGCGUCUAGGUCUAUAGCGUUGACGAUUGUCCGACUAUCUCCAACCAUCCUCCAUGUCCGUGUCCGCCAAUUGGAGCAGUUCUGGUGAGAAUGUUGACCAUUUUUUAGUUUGUGUCCAUGUCCAUUGCAGUCCUUGACCAACGUUUUUUGUCAACCUGCCAGAUUAGCCUCGAGUUGAUAUGAACUUUCCACACCAAAAUUUGCACCAAUUGGAGAUCUUCUGAAUGUUGAUUGGCCCUUCCUUUUUUACCCGAAAAGUGCAUUAGAAGCAAGUUGGAAAAUAUGAGUCUGGCAUUUUCUGCCAUUUUUGGAUGCUUCUGGGGCCCCUGUUGAGUGUGUGUGAGGUUUCCUGUGUUUUUUUGACCAGAAAAGUGCAUUCGAAGCAAGUUGAAAAAAAUGACAAAAAACGACAUACGUUACGUUUUUUGUCAAAAAUCACUAAAUUCAAACUCUGGCAUUUUAUGCCAUUUUGGAUGCUUCUGGGGCCCCUGUUGAGUGUGUGUUUUUUUGACCAGAAAAGUGCAUUAGAAGCAAGUUGAAAAAAAACGAAAAAACAAAAACGACAUACCCCUUAACCCCUUACGUUUUUUGUCAAAAAUCACUAAAUUCAAACUCUGGCAUUUUAUGCCAUUUUUGAUUGCUUCUGGGGCCCCUGUUGAGUGUGUGUGUGAGGUUUCCCGUGUUUUUUUGACCAGAAAAGUGCAUUUGAAGCAAGUUGAAAAAAAUUACAAAAAACAAAUACGACAUACUAACCCCUUACGUUUUUUGUCAAAAAUCACCGCCCUCAAACUCUGACAUUUUAUGCAAUUUUUGGAUGCUUCUGGGGCCCCUGUUGAGUGUGUGUGAGGUUUCCCCUGUUUUUUUUUUAAACAGAUUAGCAUUGAUGCUAACAACACUACUUAUGGUGGUCAAGAUGAGCUAUUUGCUAACUGUUCGCCAAUAGAAAUAAAGCCAUGACUUCAUAAAUGAGGAACAAUGAGGAACUUAAUCACUCUUCCAUCAAGUUAUGUAGUAUUUGGAACUGUUACAAGUGCUCAUGACACCAAAACACUUGAUAAUAUUAUUAUUAUUAUUUUCGCCGUGAAAAAUGACACUGAAAUGCAUAUUUUUAUUUUUAGUUAAUGGGAAAUACGUACAGUAUAUUUUUUUAAUGCAGCAAGGUCUGUGUUAACAUUUAAACCAACUUUGCUUUCGACUAGAUUGUUGCGACACGUGACACGCUAUUAGCAGCUGCAUUUUAAUUUCGAAAGACAAGCACAGAGCAUGUUGAUUUAUUCGCCCCAUAAUUCUAUUAUUAAAUAAUGUAAAUUUAAAAAAAAAAAUCAAGAAUUUUAGCACAGUUACUUUUUUCUCAUAAUAUUCUUACUUAGUCACAAUUAAAUUACAAAAAACUUUGUGUGUGUGUGGGUGGGUCGAUUUUACAACAUUAAUGUUGUAUUACAAUGUUAUUGUCAUUAUACAGUAAUUACAUUGGCCUAAUUCUCCUUGAAAUGAAGAUGUCACUUCGUGUCAUGUGAUUGUUGAUCACCAAAAAGUGCAUUGUUACUUCACUUCCUUGUGUGACUAUUAUAUUUAUUAUAUUGAUGUGAUUAUUUUCAUGUUGAAGCUCAUUCAGUCACGGUUGACUGUACAAAUACGCCAAAGCGGCUUCCUGCUUUCUCGCUGCCUUUCAUACGCAAUAGUUGAUGUAUGAGAUCAUGUUUGACAUGAUUUCUGGCUGUAAAGGAAUUUUCCAUAUGUUGUUAUUGUUGUUAUAGUGGACUCAGUGAACAGUAUAGUUUUGAUAUGUGCUUAUUUUUUGGGGGGGUACUACGUACUGUUUUUUUUUUUUUUUUUAAGGUGGAGCUGAAUUACACAAUUUUUUACAGGCUGAU